UGGUUUCCCCCCUAUAAGAAAGCUGGCUGAGUGAAUUGGGUGUAGCUGUGUCUGUGUGCGCCUUGGCCAAUGGAACCAGAUCCUCCCUGCAGUGCGUAAGAGCGCGAUUUAGGAUUUAACCAAGUCUUUGCUGCGGGGCUGGCUGCAGUCUUCACCAGAGCCCGACGGCCCGAGAGCCUUUCAACAAUGCCAGUGUAGUUUUCUCACCACUCUGGAGUCAAGACUGCCUCGUUUUUUGUUGCUGUCGCAGAUAAAAUAAAAACAAUCCCACGCGUUUCUUCUCGAAGUAUGACUGGAGUAUUCGACCGGAGGAUCCCGAGUGUGAAACCUGCAGACUUCCAGAGCUCCUUUCAACUCUCCACCAUGCACCAUCCGUCUCAGGAAUCUCCUACUUUACCCGAGUCCACCGCCACGGAUUCUGGCUACUACAGUCCCGCCGCUGGAGUCACUCACGGCUACUGCUCGCCCAGCUCCAGCUCGUACGGGAAGCCGCUCAAUGCCUACCAGUACCAGUACCCGGGUGUAAAUGGAUCCGCUGGAAAUUACUCGACAAAAUCCUACACUGAUUACAGCUCGUACACGACCCCCGCCUACCACCAGUACGCUGGGACUUACAGCAGAGUGCAAGCCCAGCCGAGUCCACAAGAAAAAGAGAUAAACGAGCCCGAGGUGAGGAUGGUGAACGGCAAGCCGAAGAAAGUGAGGAAACCCCGGACGAUCUACUCGAGCUUCCAGCUGGCCGCCCUGCAGAGGCGCUUUCAGAACACACAGUACCUGGCGCUGCCGGAGAGAGCCGAGCUGGCCGCCUCGCUGGGACUCACGCAAACACAGGUCAAAAUCUGGUUCCAGAACAGGAGAUCAAAAUUGAAGAAGAUCAUGAAAAACGGCGAGCUUCCACCGGAGCACAGCCCCAGCUCCAGCGACCCCAUGGCGUGCAACUCCCCACAGUCCCCGGCCGUCUGGGACACACAGGGCCCCUCCAGGCCGCACAGCCUACAGCCACAAAGCAUCAACACGACGGCUUCUAACUUUUUGGAAACCUCGGGGUCGUGGUACACCUCAGCCGGCAGCUCCAUGGCGGCCCACCUGCAGACCCCUAACUCGAUACAGCACUCGUUGGCUCUUGGAGCGGGGACGUUAUAUUGAGAAAAGAAAGAAAAAAAAAACCCUGUUGUUCAUUUCAAAUCUUUUUUUUUUCUCUCCUUCUAUGGGACUCGUGUUCAAAUUUCAGAGGAAUAUGCAAUGUAUUUGAUGACAGUCAUAGAAGAAAACGUGUAAAAUGUGUAAAUGUGUGCAUGUAAUUUAUUGCAUUUUGGAAGACUAUUAAACGUUUAAAUGGACAAUGGAACUUUGAACACC